AUGCUGAAUAUAGAGCCCUCAAUCUCAACGACAUCGACAACCGCCUCGAGAGAGGACUCGAAGAUCCAUCCUCACUUUAUGGCACCACAUACGAGAAACUCUUCUGGAAAAUCCCGAUUCCGAGAAGCUAUGAGUCCGCCCGCACAGCCGCGGGAUUCAAACGAAAGAGAGCAAACGAAGAAGACGAAGAGCUGGGAAACAAUCGAAUCAGAGAUGCAGGCCAUGGCGAACAAAGGGAUCUUCAAUAGACCGAGAUUUCCAAUCAUAAACCCAGUAAACAUUCACAACGAUCCAAUCACCGGCCCAAAAUCCUUACCUGAAUGGAGAGUCUACGAGACAGAUCUGCUUCACAGAGUCAUAAAAGUCCUUAAUAACGAGAUCAAGCCCGACUGGAGGGACCUGGCGCUCAAAAAAGAAUCCGAUUUCAUCGCCGGCCAAUGGACCCACAACAAAGAUAACUGGAGAGUCCUAAUCCAUCAGAUGCCCGAGAAAGUGAAGCCUUUUAUCUACCACUUCGUCCACGCAGGAGCAGACCUAUUUUUGAAUCUCAAAAGAAUACCGCCGAAGAAGCCAGUCAAAUUUUAG